AUGUUGCUAUUAAAGGCAGCUUGGGCUGCUGCUGGCAGCGCCGCCUACUACGAGGCGGAGGACGAUGAGCUGGGCCGCGGCGGCCUGCUGCGCUUCGGCGACAGCAACGGGCUGCUGCCGCCCGCCGCGGGCACGGUCUACGACAGGACCACGGUGCUCAUCGAGCAGGACCCCGGCCCGCUGGAGGACGACGAGGAGGAAGGGCAGUGCGGGGAGCACCUGCCCUUCCUGCCCGAGGGCCACGAGGAAGGGUUUCAUUUGAUAGCAGACCAUGAAGGAAUGUCCCAGGGUUACGUGCAACACAUCAUUUCUCCGGAUCAGAUUCAUCUAACUAUAAAUCCUGGUUCAACUCCUAUGCCAAGAAAUAUUGAAGGCGCUACACUCACUUUACAGUCUGAAUGCCCAGAAACCAAGCUUAAAGAAGUUAAGAGAUACCAGUGCACCUUUGAGGGCUGUCCACGCACAUAUAGCACUGCUGGAAACCUGCGCACUCACCAAAAGACACAUCGUGGGGAAUACACUUUUGUUUGCAAUCAAGAAGGUUGUGGCAAAGCCUUUCUUACCUCCUAUAGUCUCAAAAUCCACGUUCGUGUGCACACUAAGGAAAAGCCCUUUGAAUGUGACGUGCAGGGCUGCGAAAAGGCAUUCAAUACACUGUACAGGUUGAAAGCACAUCAGAGGCUUCACACGGGGAAAACAUUUAACUGUGAAUCAGAGGGCUGCAGUAAAUACUUCACAACGCACAGUGACUUGAGGAAGCACAUUCGGACACACACAGGAGAAAAGCCAUUUCGGUGUGAGCAUGACGGCUGCGGAAAGGCUUUUGCUGCAAGCCACCACCUUAAAACACAUGUUAGGACACAUACUGGGGAGAAACCCUUCUUCUGUCCCAGUAAUGGCUGUGAGAAGACUUUCAGUACGCAGUAUAGUCUCAAGAGCCACAUGAAAGGUCAUGAGAAAGGACAUGCCUAUAAUGCACUUCCCAAUAACAAUGUAUCUGAGGAUACAAGCCACUCGCUUUGUCUGAGUGACCUAAGCCUCAUAUCCACAGAUUCAGAAUUGCGGGAGAACUCUAAUCCAAAACAUGGACAAGACCUUAGCACAAUCUCACCAGCAAGCAUCUUUGAGUCUGUCUUUCAGAGGCCAGGUCACGCUACAAAGCAGGAAGACUCGCAGCAGACAGCUGCCUUCAUUGAAGGCUACAAUGGUGAUGCAGACGCAGUCCCUGCUGUUCCGCCUCCCGCAGGAGAUCCAGCAUCCCUGUCUCUUCCACUCGUACUGCAGCUUGGCAUCUCUGAGCCGUCGCCCUCAGCACUACAAGCCUCAGCAGCCCCUGCUGCUCCCUCCUCCGUAGGAACCAGCUCGCAACAAGCUGCGUUUGGGAAUUCUGCAACUGUUUUACAAUCUCCCAAAGUGCCUGUUCCUCACAGCACACAGUUUGCAGCCGGUCACCCUGACUUUCUGCAGCACACUCGGACACCGCCGCAGCCUGUUGUACAGGGGCUUUCAGUGGUUGCAGGGGCACCUGCCCCAACAGCAUUAAGUGCCACCGAGCCCCUGCCAGCUGUAGUUCAGACUGUGCCUGUUGGGGCGAACUCUCUGCUGACCAGUAAUCCAACUAUAACAAUUACUCCCUCUCAGAGCACCGCUAUUCUGCAGUCCAGCAUUGUCAUGGGAGAGCAAAACUUGCAAUGGAUUUUAAAUGGUGCCACUGGUUCUCCACAAAGCCAAGAACAAAUGCCACAAGUUCCAAAAGUAGUAGAAAAGGUUUUUUUUACCACUGCGUUACCAGUAACUGGCAACACAGGAACUCCUGUUCAGCAAAUUGGUCUCAGCGUUCCUGUCAUCAUCAUCAAGCAGGAGGAGGCCUGCCAGUGCCAGUGUGCCUGCCGCGACUCUGCCAGGGACAAAGCCACCAGUAAGAAGGAAUGUUCCUCACCUGAGCAAACAGCUCCCCAGCUGCAACCUCAGCCCUUUCCUUCCUCUUCCCGUUCUCCUUCGUGUGGGCAGAGCAGUCACACAGUUAACCCUUCAGACUCACAGACUGAAACGUUAAGUGCCAUGGAUGUAUCAGACUUCCUGUCCCUCCAAAGCCCUGAAACGCCCCCUAAUAUAAUUCCUAUUGAAGCACUACUGCAGGGUGAGGAAGAAAUUGGUUUGAAUAGCAGCUUCUCUAAAUGAAGAUGUUCCAGAUUGUCCUUUGCACCUGGGGGGUAAAAUCCUCCUCCUUAGAAGCAGAAACUGAAGGAUCCUUUUUUUUUUUCCUUCCAAUUGGGAAGUUUUGUGGCUUAUUUCUGCUUCUCUGAUGUCAUCUUAGUCACAUCCCAGGUACACCCAUCUCUGAGAAUCUAUCUUUAAAAAAAAAAAAAGG